AUGUCUUCCAAAACACCCGUCAAGUUCAUCCUCGGAACCCACAUGGUGGGCGACAGCAUCAAAGACCCGUCCAAUGCACACUUCGACAAGAUCGAAGACGUGAAAUCUCUCCUGGACGCAUUCCACGCCCGCGGGUACAGAGAGAUCGAUACCUCGCGGCUCUACUCCCCCGAAGCGCCCGGCUCGUCAGAGCCCCGUCUAGGCCAGGCCGGCGCGGCGUCCCGCUUCACCAUCCACACCAAAGUGUACAGCGGACACCCCGGAGACCAUGAGCGGGCCAAGAUCGAGCAGAGCAUCCAGCAAUCGCUCCACGACCUGAAGACGUCGAGCGUGGAGACCAUGUUCCUGCACGUGCCGGACCGUCAAACGCCGUUUGAGGAGACAGCCCAGGCGAUGAACGACGCCUUGCAGCAGGGUCGGUUCAAGAAAUUCGGCCUUUCCAACUACACGGCAGCCGAGGUGCAGCGGUUCCUCGAGAUUUGCGAGGACAAAGGGUAUGUCAAGCCGAGCGUGUACCAGGGCAAUUAUAAUGCCAUUGUGCGCGGAGGGGAGAAGGAACUGUUUCCACUGUUGCGGAAACAUGACAUGGCGUUUUUCGCUUAUAGUCCGGCAGCAGGUGGUCUUUUCUCAGGCCAUACCGAGACCUCACCGCGGUGGAGGGACGAUAAUCUGCUAGGGAAAAUGCAGUCUACCUUCUAUGGUAAACCUCCUGUCCAAGCCGCCGUGGCUACCGUGCAAGCCGCCGUCGAGAAGUAUGGUAUCAGUGGCCAUGCUGCCGCGCUGCGCUGGACGGCAUACCACAGCGCCUUGGACGGGAAGUAUGGCGAUGGAGUCAUCUUCGGCGUCUCCAAGAUCGAGCAGCUACCCAAGACUCUGGACGCUCUUGAGGCGGGUCCGCUCCCUGAUGACCUCGCCGAUGCGAUUACGGCCCUCUAUGCUGUGGUCGAGGGGUCGGAGCCUCCUUAUCACAUGUAG